CCGCCGCCGCCCGGCGCGGGCGCGUCCGCGGCCGCGCCGCGGCUCGCGCCGCCGACGCCGCCCGGCGACGAGUCGCGGCGCUGGCGCGACCGCGCGCUCGCGGCCGAGGAGGAGCUCCGCCGCGAGCGGUCCGCGUCGCCGCGGCGCGACGAGGAGCUCCACCGCUGGCGGCGCCGCGCCCUCGAGGCCGAGGAGCGCGCGCGGAGCGACGGCGAGGCCGCGACGCCCGUCGCCUCGCCGCCGCCGCCGCCGCGCGACGAUCUCGCCUCGUCGGCGAACUUCUCCGCGGCGGCGGCGUCCGUGGGCACGCUGUCCACGGCGGACGUCGCCCAGCUCCUCGCCUGCCAGGCGCAGACCCUCGGCGACGAGAUCCGCGCGACGAUCAAGGAGCUCGUCGGCGGCGGCGCGGCCCCCCGGCUCCUCGCGGCCGCGCCGCCGCUCGCGGCCGCGGCGCCGCCCGGCGCGCCGGGGGCCGCCGGGGGCUCGCCGCCGCGGGGAGCGCCCGAGGCGACGGCGCGCGCGGCGCGCGACGAGUUCGCGGCGCUCAUGGAGUCGCAGACGCGCAUCGCCGUGCGCAUCGCGCGGAAGCUCGAGGCGGACCUGGGGCGGCUCCGCCACGACCUCGACGACAUCCGCGGCGACGACGGCGGCCACCUCGCCUACCCCGCGCUCCUCGGCGACGCGCCCCGGCCGCGCCACACGUGGCACGGCGACAUCGUCCGCCGGCCGCCGCCGAAGACGUACUACGAGCGCGGCGCGGCCUUCUCGGACUGGAAGCCCGCGGCCGGCCCCCGCCUCGGCCGGGGCGCCUACGGCGGCGCCUACGGCGGCGCCUACGGCGGCGCGCCGGCGCGCCGCGCCUACGUCGCCGUCGGCCCCGAGUUCAACCCGACGAGCCCCGCGCUCCGGGAGUGGUGGGGCAACAUCACGAGCGCGGACCGGCCCGUGGUCCUCAACAUCUCCACGUCGGACCGGCCCGUCUACUGA